AUGAAUCAUGGUGACAAUUUUAUCUUAUCGGUACAGGGUGCUGGCUUCAAUGGCUCCUACAACAUCCCACCUACUUCCACAGGUGUGAUAAUUUACGUGAAUCGUGACAAUGACAACACUUACGAAUAUGUAGCAGAGCCGCUGAGAUUCGGUGUACUUCCAGAAUGGGCUAAACCUAAGGAUCUGCUGCCAGUCAAGAAGGGAUCCGGAUUGGGUGCUAGUUAUUCAAGAGAAGUUCAGGCACAGCAAGCAAAGCUCUUCAAUUGCAGGAGAGAGACACUAUCGCAGCCAAAAUCGGUUUGGACUCAGCCCCGGGCGCACAAGCGUUGUGUUGUUCCUAUAACGGGGUACUUUGAAUGGCUCACCACGAAAUCAGGCGAGAAAACGCCUUACUACGUGCAUUCCGACAAGCCGCUAUUAUUCUUGGCUGGAUUGUAUGCCCAUAAUACGAACUACAAUAAGACGGACCUUGUCUCCCACUCACAGGAAUAUUUCUCUUCAUUCUCUAUCGUUACAGGACCAGCAACGGGCGAGGACAAGAAUGAUUUGAAGUGGCUACACUCUAGGAAACCUAUAUUCAUCAAAGAGUUUUCAAAGGAAUGGUAUCUGUGGCUCGAUCCAAAAGGUGGUUGGGAUGACUCGUUGUUGGAGUGUUUGAACACAGACACAAAUCCCGUCUAUGAGGAGCUAAAAUGGCACAUCGUUAGCAACACCGUGGGAAAUCCAAAGAAUCAUUCACAAGAGGUCAUCAAGGAGGUGAAGGUGAAACAAAAAUCGAUUUCGUCGUUCUUCUCCCCCAAAAAAAGAACUGCAGCGCCAAAGGAGGAAUCGGAAGGAAACGUAAAAGGUGAAGGUGUCAAGAAGGAAGAGAAGAAAGAUACCAUGAAUAUUAUGAACUUCGUGAGUAACACUAAAUCCAGAAGGACAGACAACAUGUAUGGCGAGCUGGGGGAUGGCUCGUUACCUAUUGCCAAAAGAGUCAAGCUAGAACAUCAAGGAUCUGAAACAGCAUUUCGAGAAGACUUGGACGACGCAGAUGAGGAGGAUGUAUGA